AUGCGCCAGCCCGACAGCCCCAACCGCUGUCUCUCCUACCGCCUCUGUUCUAACCCCCACGGCUUUCACUACGACGAACGCCCUUACCGCCGAUACGCAACAUCAUCAUGCCCGCUGCCCUCGAUCACAGUCAUCUUCGUCAUCCCUGCCAUAACCUCUGCGGCGAUGACGGCCACUACAGCCCCCACUCCCGUGACCGACCAAAACGAACACGAUGACCCGCCGACCACCACGCUCACCAUUGCCACCCCCACCUCUAGCGGUGUGGACUGGGUCCUAUCCUGCCCUCAUUGCGAUUCCACAUUCGCCUCAAGCAUCGGCCUCAUCAAUCACUUGUGA